AUGUCCGACUACGGUGAUCCCGAGGCCGACGAUGCUGGCUACGAUUAUGAGGGCGGUGAGCCGGAGUACGAUGACAACGAGCCAGAAGACUUCCUAGAGCCAGAUGAUGUCGACGUGGAAGGGGAGGAAGCUGCAGGUGCUGGUGAAGCAUAUCAAGCUGCAGUUAACGGAGAACGAACUAUUAUAUCUGGCGACCCCAAUGCCGGCGGAGGCAGAGGUGUAAUGGAGCAGCCCCGGGAGAAAAAGAUUCCCAAUGAUCAACGCACGACCACACCGUAUAUGACUAAAUAUGAGCGAGCUCGUGUUUUGGGCACGAGGGCUCUCCAGAUCAGCAUGAACGCCCCUGUUUUGGUUGACCUCGAAGGAGAGACCGACCCGCUACAAAUCGCUAUCAAGGAACUCAAUCAGAAGAAAAUUCCUCUUAUCAUCAGAAGAUACCUUCCUGACGGAUACUACGAGGACUGGACCUGCGAGGAGCUUCUCUGA